AUGCAAAGCGGUUACUUCAGGGUGUGGCUUCGGAGGUCACCUUCUCGCAGCGGCUGCUCUCGGUCUCUGGUCGUCAUGAUAGUGUGUCGGUUGGUCAUCUCUCUUGCUCUGGUUGGUGGUUCGGUGAGUUGGGUCAGAGUAGCGUUUGUUCUGCUAUCCCUCCUCUUCUCUUGGCAGUUCUUUGCUGUGUGGAUGGACUGCAGUCUGGAUUUCUCUAGAAUAUUCUUCCAUGUGGCUUCACGGGCUUCACUUCAUAAACGGGCUUCAAUGGCCCACAAUACUUGGUUCGCCUUGCUCACCAAGAUAUCUCCAAUACUCCCCCGCACGACAAAGGUGGACGCGAAACGCAAAAUCUGCAGUCACAAUGCGGAACACCUAUGUCGUGGACAAUCAUGUCGAGGAUGGCAAUACAAGUCAAUAGGGAUGGAACAUGCUCGUCUUUGGUCUUGA